UUCAACAGUAGCUAACCAAACUGAAUAUUUGGCAAAAGUAAGCUUAAGCAACAACUGACUGUUCCAAAGGAGAAUCUCCUACCCAGGAGCAACAUUAAGAAAUGAAAAAUGAAAUGUUCAUCUUGGGCCUGUUGGCUCUUACUUCAUAUUUCAUGCCUGGUGAAAGUCAUCACAAGUCAAGAAGUUCACAAUUCCCUGUCAGAAAAUAUCUAGAAGACCCAAGAUAUCCAAGAUAUCCAAGACCACAUUAUUCCUAUGGUUUCAUUCCAAGCUCUCCAAAGUUUCCAAAAGACAAUCAAUGGUAUAAGAUGUGCCCUCCAGGAACUACCUUAAUGCUGAUCAGUCGCCGUUCUCCUAAAUUUCUAUGCAUUCCUAAAAGACAGAUUAUCUCUGAUAAAACGAAACCAAAUGCAACCACACCAGCACCUACCACCAAACCUACCACAAAUGCAACUACACCAGCACCAACCAACAGAACUACCACAAAUGCAAUCACACCAGCACCGACCCCCAAACCUACCACAAAUGCAACCACACCAGCACCAACCAACAGAACUACCACAAAUGCAACCACACCAGCACCGACCCUCAAACCUACCACAAAUGCAACCAUACCAGCACCAAACAACAGAACUACCACAAAUGCAACCACACCAGCACCGACCACAAAACCUACCACAAAUACAACCACACCAGCACCGACCACCAAAUCUACCACAAAUGUAACCACACCAGCAACAACCACAAAUGUAACCACACCAGCAACAACCACAAAUGCAACCACACCAGCAACAACCACAAAUGCAACCACACCAGCAACAACCACAAAUGCAACCACACCAGCAACAACCACCAAAUCUACAACAAAAGAACCUACUACUUCACCUAAGCCUAGCACCUCUACAGCCAUACCUACAACAACUAAGUCUGCAAAUAGUACUUCCUCUACUACAACUAGUACUACCAUCCAAACUACAGCUCCAACAUUUGCGGAAGUGUUUUGGAAGUUCUUUCAGCAGAUCUUUAGGUUAAAGAAAUGAUAGGAUAGUCUCCAAACUUUUCUGAUCUCUUAGGAUAAAAAAGCCUCAAUGAUGAUUUUGAAGAAAUCAACCUGAUAUAUAAUUGGAAAAAUCAAACAAAUAAAAAUAAUUUGAGCAAGGAAAUGA